UAAGUUGAAGUUUCUCAUAGUAAACAAAAGGUUUUGAAAUUCGGAAGUAAUACACUCUCUGAUGCCUCGGCACUGCCUGGUACACUAACAAUAUUUGCAGGCAGUUCAAAACAAUAAAUAGUUAUUCUAGUAAUGAAGCUCGCAUAUACGACAUUUUAUUGAAACAGAAAAUAUUUAUACAUUUUCUUUUAAAAAUCAUAUAAUACAUAAAAUUUCAGUCGGAGGUUUCUUAUUUUCGAUAUUAAUACUCGAUGAACAGCAAUAGUAUCAACUUGCCGUGCAAUUUAAAAAUUCAUAUUUAUGAUAAAAUUGAUGAUAUCAAUAAUUAAGAAAAUCGUUUAUUUAUUACUAAAAAGAUAAAAGCGCAAAAAUGUCAUCCCAAAUCGAUGACUUUCUUGCGAAAAAAAAAGAACAAACAACAUUAUUGGAUUUACAAAACUGUACCGCAAAAUCAAAAGAAGAAUUGAGAAAACUUAUUGAAAAAGUUCCUGAGUUCAAAAUAAAACCAGAAAAAACAAUAUAUGAAAUAAAAAUCAGAGAUAAAAAAUUUAAAUUUAAAUUACCUAAAAAAGAGAGUAGAAAAAAAUUUCCAUUUUCCGAACCUACGCCUACCGAGAUGCGAACUAUUUCGUUAGAUGAGUUGUAUUCUGUAAACAUACAAUGGAAAAUGCUAACUUCUAUGCGACCAAAAUCAAAAGUAGACGAAGAAUAUUUUUCAAGGCAAGUUGAAUUAGGUAAGCAAACAUUGAAGAGCAGAAAAAUUGAAAAGAAAACACCACGCGAAUAUUUCUUACGAAAGAAAAAAAAUGCGUCAGGAAGUGUAGAAGCAAAGUUUUUAUCCUGCAAAGAAUGUGGCGUAGAGUUUUGUACUGGAGAAAAUUGUAAUACAUUCGAUUAUGAAUCAUUUAAACGAAUUUCGAUCUCCACAAUACAAACAGUGCCAAAGGAAAAAUCACUUGAAUCAGACAUGAAAAAUAUAAAAUUUUUGAAAAAAAAUGAGGGAACAAAAUCAAAAUUGACUACUGAAAAAAACACUAAAAUAAUAUUAAAAAAAAAAAAAACAACAUUGAAAAUAAAAUAAUAACUGUCAAAACUGCGAAAACGAAUAAAAAUAUAUUAGUGUAGUUUAAAAUUCGAAUACAUAACUCCAAUUUUUUUUAGUUAACUUAUAAUACAAAAGUUAUUACUUUGAAUCUCCCUGUGGGCAGAUGAAGAAUUCGAUUUCCAUAAAUAAAAUAUGCCUAAAGUAAAGAACAUAUUUAUAGUGUUUUUAAAAAAAAACUUCACUUCAACUUGUUUUAAUAUUCAAAAAGUUCUUACAUUUUUAAACAAAAUUUUUAAUAAUUUAAAAUUUUUCCGGUUAAAAAAAUUAUAACUUGUGGUUAGAUUUUCCGCAUUUACGAAAAACGACGGACAUUUUUUUUUUAAUUAUGAGGGUAAUGUCUUUAACUAGACAAGAUUUUCGAUAUUUGACAUAUAGUAAAAAAAAAUCGAUCUUGUAGAUGUUGAGAGAACUUAUAAUAGACAAAAAAAUAACAUAAUAAAAUUAAUACCUUUACAGCUUUGCAUCGAAGUUCAAAAUAAAAACUUAUUAAUAAAAAUUUAGACAAUAAAAUAAUAUAAAAUUUUUGAAGAAUAUAACUAAAAAUUAAUAAUGUACAAAGCGUCUUUCAGAAAUGAUAAGCAAAUUUUCCAAAACUCUUUAAUGGAUAAGCCAUUUGACUAAACAAAAAAAAAAAAUUGACUAUGGGUUUUUUAGUUUUGAUGCAAAGCUGAGGUGUUCUCAACUUUUACCUCAUGGAUUUCUUUCAACAAUACGUCAAAAGAUAAAAAACGUAUAUAAUUGAAGAUAUUGACCUUAGAAAUCGAAAAAAUUUACGUUGUUUCUUAUAAAUGGAGGAAAUUACCUAAAAUAUUGUGAUUUUUCAAAUCGAUAAAUUUCGACAUUUUGUAAACUUUUUUUUCUUAAAACUGUCACAAUUUUUUGAAAAAUUAAUAAAUCUGUAACGUCAUAAAUCCAAAGGUGGACCGUUUAGAAUUUUUAAUGUUUUUAUCAUAGUUUUUAUCGCGCAAGAGAUUGCAGGAAUGAACCUUUUUCUUAA